AUGGGGAAGAGCCGCGAGAUGCGCCUGACCCACAUCUGCUGCUGCUGCGUCUUUUACCAGCUGGGCUUCUUGUGGAAUGGGAUUGUUUCAGGGCUGCAGUUCGCCCCCGACCGUGAGGAGUGGGAAGUCGUGUUUCCUGCACUCUGGCGCCGGGAGCCAGUGGACGGGGCUGGCGGCAGUGGGGGCAGCGCAGACCCGGGCUGGGUGCGAGGCGUUGGGGGCGGCGGGAGCGCCCGUGCGCAGGCGGCCGGCAGCUCUCGCGAGGUGCGCUCCGUGGCCCUGGCACAGCUUGAGGAGCCCUCGGAGGGCCAGCCCGAGCCCCAGCGCCGGCCACCGCCGCCGCCGGAGGGCGAGGAGGACGAGGAGCUCGAGUCUCAGGAGCUGCCGCGUGGAUCCAGCGGGACUGCCGCCCUGUCCCCGGGCGCCCCGGCCUCGUGGCAGCCGCCGCCGCCCCCACAACCGCCCCCGUCCCCGCCCCUGGCCCAGGCUGCUGAGCCGGAUGGCGACGAGGUCCUGCUGCGGAUCCCGGCCUUCUCCCGGGACUUGUACCUGCUGCUACGGAGAGACGGCCGCUUCUUGGCGCCUCGCUUCGCCGUGGAACAGUGGCCGAGUCCAGGCCCCGGCCCCACGGGGGCAGCGGCCGCCCCGAGCCCUUCCGCGCCGCCAGACUCCUCCUGCUUCUAUACCGGGGCGGUGCUGCGGCAUCCCAGCUCGCUGGCCUCUUUCAGCACCUGUGGAGGUGGCCUGAUGGGAUUUAUACAGAUCAAUGAGGACUUCAUAUUUAUUGAGCCACUCAAUGACACAAUGGCCAUAACAGGUCACCCACACCGUGUAUAUAGGCAGAAAAGGUCCAUGGAGGAAAAAGUCACAGAGAAGCCCGCUCCUCACAGUCAUUACUGUGGUGUCAUUUCAGAUAAAGGAAGACCUAGGUCUAGAAAAAUAGCCGAAAGUGGAAGAGAGAAACGGUAUUCAUACAAAUUACCUCAAGAAUACAACAUAGAGACUGUAGUGGUUGCAGACCCAGCAGUGGUUUCCUAUCAUGGAGCAGAUGCAGCCAGGAGAUUCAUUCUAACCAUCUUAAACAUGGUCUUUAACCUUUUCCAACACAAGAGUCUCGGUGUGCAAGUCAACCUUCGUGUGAUAAAGCUUAUUCUGCUUCAUGAAACCCCAGCAGAUCUAUAUAUUGGGCACCAUGGAGAGAAAAUGCUAGAAAGUUUUUGUAAGUGGCAACAUGAAGAAUUUGGCAAAAAGAAUGAUAUACAUUUAGAGAUGUCAACAAGCUGGGGAGAAGAUAUGACUUCAGUGGAUGCAGCUAUACUUAUAACAAGGAAAGAUUUCUGUGUACACAAAGAUGAACCAUGUGAUACGGUUGGUAUCGCUUACUUGAGUGGAAUGUGUAGUGAAAAAAGAAAAUGUAUCAUUGCUGAAGACAAUGGCCUGAAUCUUGCAUUUACGAUUGCUCAUGAAAUGGGUCACAACAUGGGCAUUAAUCAUGACAAUGACCACCCAUCAUGUGCUGAUGGUCUUCAUAUCAUGUCUGGUGAAUGGAUUAAAGGACAAAAUCUUGGUGACGUUUCAUGGUCCCGGUGUAGCAAGGAAGAUUUGGAAAGAUUUCUCAGGUCAAAGGCCAGUAACUGCUUGCUACAGACAAAUCCCCAGAGUGUCAAUUCUGUGAUGGUCCCCUCCAAGUUGCCAGGGAUGACAUACACUGCUGAUGAGCAAUGUCAGAUUCUCUUUGGGCCAUUGGCUUCCUUUUGUCAAGAGAUGCAGCAUGUUAUUUGCACAGGGUUGUGGUGUAAGGUAGAAGGUGAGAAAGAAUGCAGAACCAAACUAGAUCCACCGAUGGAUGGAACUGAUUGUGAUCCUGGUAAGUGGUGUAAGGCUGGAGAAUGUACCAGCAGGACCUCAGCACCUGGACAACUGGCUGGAGAGUGGAGCAUGUGGAGCCCCUGUAGCCGAACCUGCAGUUCUGGGAUCAGCAGUCGCGAGCGCAUAUGUCCUGGGCUAGGUACUGAAGCAAGGGAUUGUAAUGGUCCCAGAAAACAAUACAGAAUAUGUGAGAAUCCACCUUGUCAUGCAGGUUUGCCUGGAUUCAGAGACUGGCAAUGUCAGGCCUUUAGUGUUAGAACUUCGUACCCAAAGCCUGUACUUCAGUGGCACGCUGUCAUGGAUGAAGAAAAACCAUGUGCCCUGUUUUGCUCACCUGUUGGAAAAGAACACCCUAUUCUUCUAUCAGAAAAAGUGAUGGAUGGAACUUCUUGUGGCAAUCAGGGAUUAGAUGUCUGUGCAAAUGGUAGAUGCCAGAAAGUUGGCUGUGAUGGUUUUUUAGGGUCUCUUGCAAGGGAAGAUCAUUGUGGUGUAUGCAAUGGCAAUGGAAAGUCAUGCAAAAUCAUUAAAGGUGAUUUCAAUCACACCAGAGGAGCAGGCUAUGUAGAAGUGCUGGUGAUACCUGCUGGAGCAAGAAGAAUCAAAGUUGUGGAGGAAAAGCCGGCACAUAGCUAUCUAGCUCUCCGAGAUGCUGGCAAACAGUCUAUUAAUAGUGACUGGAAGAUUGAACACUCUGGAGCAUUCAACCUAGCGGGAACGACGGUCCAUUACCUACGACGAGGCCUCUGGGAGAAGAUCUCUGCCAAAGGUCCUACCACAACACCUUUACACCUCCUGGUGCUGCUGUUUCAAGAUCAGAAUUAUGGCCUUCACUAUGAAUACACUAUUCCAUCAGACCCUCUUCCAGAGAAUCAGAGCUCUAAAGAGCCUGAGCCCCUAUUCAUGUGGACACAUACAAGUUGGGAAGAUUGUGAUGCCACAUGUGGAGGAGGAGAAAGGAAGACAACAGUAUCCUGCACAAAAAUUAUGAACAAAAACAACAGCAUUGUGGACAACAAGAAAUGCAAAUACUUAACCAAGCCCGAGCCACAGAUUAGAAAGUGCAAUGAACAACCAUGUCAAACAAGAUGGAUGAUGACAGAAUGGACCCCGUGUUCACGAACGUGUGGAAAAGGGAUGCAGAGCAGACAAGUGGCCUGCACCCAACAGCUGAGCAAUGGAACUCUGAUUAGGGCACGGGAACGGGACUGCACAGGGCCGAAGCCCGCCUCUGCCCAGCGCUGCGAGGGCCAGGACUGCAUGACCGUGUGGGAAGCGGGAGUGUGGUCCGAGUGUUCAGUCAAGUGUGGCAAAGGCGUUCGUCAUCGGACUGUGAGGUGUACUAACCCUAGAAAGAAAUGCGUCCUCUCCACCAGACCCAGGGAGGCUGAGGACUGCGAGGAUUACUCGAAAUGUUAUGUAUGGAGAAUGGGUGACUGGUCUAAGUGCUCCAUUAGCUGUGGUAAGGGAAUGCAGUCCCGUGUUAUCCAGUGCAUGCAUAAGAUCACAGGAAGACAUGGAAAUGAGUGCUUUUCUUCAGAAAAGCCUGCAGCGUACAGACCAUGUCACCUUCAGCCCUGCAAUGAGAAGAUUAAUGUGAAUACAAUCACAUCACCCAGGCUGG